ACUUACAGGAACAUUUUGGGUUCCAGUUCUUCCCUUGCCCAUCUGUUCCCUGCAGGGUUCCCCUGCCUGGCCCAGGGGAAUUCAGGGAGGUGAGAAGCAGCCAGAGAUCUGUAACCUGCACAGGUCUUUGUGGGUGGGCAAUUCAGAGAGAAGGAACUCCCCGAGUCUGCUCUGACAUCACCAAGCCCUCAGCAGGAAACAUUUCCCUUUUUCUCUUUGCUCCAUGUGCUUUUCUGAUCUUUGUAUUUUUCUAUAAACCUCCAAGUGUCAGAAGUUUGAGACUAUCUAUUCUUUCACAAUCUGGGCACUUGAACUUGUCCUCCUACAUCCCCCCAAAAUGAGACCAUGCAUUUUUCAUCAAGCAGCCUGCUGUUCCCUGGGAAGUCCAAUCCAAACCUCUAAGAACCAGCACCUGCUAAGUUAGCACUAUCAUUUGUGUUUUUGCAGGGGACUCAACAGGAAUAUGAAGACAAAGAGAUGCAGUGACCCACACAUGGCCUUCCCUGUCAUGAUCCUCUUCUCCCUGUGCCUGCAAACGAGUGCAAACCACACUGGUUACCCUCACCUCAGACAGGGAACCUGGAGUCCCACCAGCCCAAACCUCAGCAGGAACCAGGGCAGGACAGAAGAGAGCACAGAUUCUCCUCUGAACUUCAAUUUCAGCAGCCAAAUGACUACUUUUGAAAUGCAAAGUACCCUGCCAUCCUUGUCCCCCACAAUGACUCAAAACUCGACUUCCCCUGCCCCAAGUGCAGUUUCCAGCACGGGAGGACUGGGGGAAAUCGGCAAACCCAAGAGCCCAGCGACCAAAGAAACCUGUGAAGACAAUAAAUCUCUCAUACUGAUUUGCUUCAUUAUCAUUGCAGUUCUGGUGCUCAUCUGCAUCUCCCUGUUUCUGUCCACAGUCAUAGUAGCCAACAAAAUCUCCUAUCUCAGAAGAGCCCAGCAGGGCAAACGCAGGCCCAGGAGCAAUGGGGACCUCCUGGCCACCAACAGCUUGUGGCCCACGGCAGCAGGGACGUGGCAGAGGAUGCCCAAGGAGACAAGUGGGACUGAGCUGAUAAUGCAGGAGCUGGUAUCAGGCAGGGAUGCUGGGAACCAAAGGAAAACUGAAGAUGAAACUACUGAGAAGCUCACCAAAGCAGAAGAUAAUGAAAAAGAAAGCAAAGAACCAUCUCAGCCCCACAAACCCAUUUUAACCAAUUUUGUAGUUGAGAUUUAAUUCACACUCAGAUAAAAAAACAUAUUUUGCCUUUAUUACACCAUUAAUGUAAGGCAAAAACUUGGACUACAAGUAACAACAAGAACUUCCCCCCAGGAAAGCUAAAUCCAGACUUUACAGAGUUUUUCAAUUUAUGCCAGUGAGAAUGCUGCAGCCACGUGUGGAUGCAGAAGGAAGUAAGCCUGUGUUAAAUAACUUUCUGUAAGUGGUGUCAAGACUGGUUUUACUCCUUUGACCAGAAAUCAGGGUGACAGGAGCUGAACAGAAUAAAUCAAAAAGACAGAAUCUGCCCAUGCUCAAAGACCACAGAGAGGAACAAGGAACAGACUGUCAGUCAGAUCAACACUCUGAACACUGAGACACUGCACAGGCAUAACCACGAUGCUUUUUAAAGAAAACCAUACAUUAGUCACAACUCUGAUUCAACCACUAAUCCAGGAUCUAGUGCCUCUCAAAAUACCCUUUUAGCUUUUUCCAUCAAGAACUUCUACAACCAGCUUAAUUACUUUUGAAACAGACUGAUUUAAACCAUAUUUAUUGUGUUUCGACAUUGUCUAUGAAUAGAUGAACUUUGUAGUAGUUGCUAGAACAUGAGAACUUGCUCAAUUUGCUAUCUUCAAUAAACUUGCAAUACCAGU